CGGGGUCCCGGGGCAGCAGCGGGAUGGAGACACACCAGGCCGGGGGGCUGCCGCUUGCCCCAGCUCGCCCAUCCCCCACCGGUGCCGAGAGCAUUUCCUGCAUCAAGCAAAUCGGGGCGUCCCUGCUCCGGGGGUUCGUCCGGUCCCUGCUCCAGCAGCAGGGCCCCGGGUCCCCCCCGGCCCGGUCGGUCACCAUGGAGGAGCUGGGGGGCCAGGACACCCCCGAUGGGCCCCGGGUCACGUCCCUGCGUGAGACUCUGCACCGGAUAUGGGGGAGCAUGAGCCAGAACCCCGAGAUCGACAGCUUGGUACAGUGCAUGGCGGGGCAGCCCCCCCUGCCGGCGCUGGCCACGGUCUCGGAGAAGGUGUUUCAUGAUGGCAUCAACUGGGGCAGAGUCGUCGUCUUCUUCUACUUCACCUACAGGGUCAUCGCCCAGGCUCUGGGCGGGUCUGACUGUCUCCGGUCCCUGGUCGACUGGGCCCUAAACUUCCUGUGGGAGCGAGUCGCCCCCUGGAUCCAGCGCCAGGGGGGCUGGGACUCCAUCUUCAGCUACCUCACCUCCUCCGCCUAGGGGGGGCACAGACACCCCCUGGGGACGGCAUCAGCAGCUGGACAGAGCAGCCCCCGCUCUGCAGCAGAGACCCCACUGGCUGGACGGGGGGGGGGGAAUUACCCGAUGCCUCCAGCUCUGCAGAAGCGAAGGCAGACUGGGGGGGUCUGGGGGGGGAAAACGUGUGAGCAUCUCCCCCCCCGCAAAAAAAAAAAAAAAGAAAAUCACAAAUGAAAAAGGACAAAUAAUCAGGGCUGCCAAUGAAUCACGAUUAACUCGCAACAAAUUAACUCGAUUUAAAAAAAUCAGUCGCGCCGAAUCGUCCUUUUACCGUCGCUGUUCAAGGGGAGCAAGACCCAUUCGAAUGGGGGAUCGAUACUUCGGGAGCUCGAGACACUGAAACCAACCGCAGCGCGGGCUCUGACGUGCGUUCCGGGCUGAGUCCCGGGGACAAAGAUUUGCCCUGGAGAAAAGCUAAACACUCGCACGGGGGCUGUCGUGCGAGCGGGAAAGUGCAACGUGCGAAUGUAGAAUUAUCUUUGUGUUACGUCGCUGCCCUCGAAAACCGAACAAUGUCAAAAGCGCCUCCAAGUCCACUCGGGCCCACUUCCCGUUCGGCCAGUCGCCCGACAAACCAGAGAAUGCUGCCUGCUUCUUAUCAAUUGGCCCCUCCCAAUUUCACCACCGUGAAAAACGUGUCACGGACCGUGACCCUUCCCCGUGAAAUUUGAUCCCCUCCAUGCUUCUGGGAGCCCCAGCUCCGAAGGCAGCACAGAAGUGAGGGGGCCAAUCCCAUGACCACCCUACAGCAGGCUUGCGACACCCCCCCCGACAAUCCUCUUUUGGGGUCGGGGACCCCAUGGUUACAACAGUGUGAAAUUUCAGAGGUAAACAGCUGAAAACGUGAAAUUGACCAAUUUUGAAACCCUCUGGCCGUGAAAUUGACCAGACUGGACGGUGAAUUUAGCGGGGCCCAGAUUAUUGACAACGUCCCCCGAACCGGAGAGCCGGCGUUCACGCGGUGCUGCUGUACCCGGCGUUGUAAGAUAUUUAUGUGCCAGAUCUGCUAAACGUUCGUCUGCCCCGGCCCGCUCCGGCCUGUCGAUUGCACUCGCAUUGGUUCAUGUGUUUCUAUGGGGUCAAUGUCUGUAAUCCGACAUCACAACCGGCAGGGAGGCCGGUGCGCGGGGUGUCCCGCGGCAUAACCGAAAGCGAUGCAGAAAACCGGCCAGACCCAUCGCUCGCCCAUCUCCGUGGGGUCAGUUCUUAGCGAACGGCGCGACCAAAACCGCGAUUCAGCGCGGCUGACAGCCCCGCAAAGAAAUAAACGAGUGGGAAAAAC